AUCACAAGUAGCAUGGACGUCGACAAUAGCAAUGUGGUCCAAAACUGGCUCCUGCUUUUCGGGAUGCCACAUCAAUUUCCUUGGACCACCACCAGAUCUGCAGAAAUAGAAUCCCGACGCGCGCAGAUGGCCGAUGUCCUAAUUUUUGACGUUCUGCUCAUACGCGGUGGCAUCCGUCAACCAGACAUGCUUUAUCCGCCUACAGACCUACAUUCGCUCCGUAGGCUACUGGAUGUUAUCAAUGGCUCGAGUUAUGACAGCUUGAAGAAAGACUGUCUGGUAUAUAUCCUCCUGAAGUGGUUUCAAGACGGACGAGAGGCCACUUAUGCGGAGGAGAGGUGUAUCCCACCACAGUUUGUGUCCCUUGCAGAUGCAUAUUGGCAUCUGGACACUGGCAUCCACGUUGAGAAAGCAGUUUCCAUACUUUCAGAUGCGAGACUAAAUAGGGACUACGCCUCCAAAAUUAUGCAGGCGCUUUCAUUGUCCGAGGAUCCGUCCCCACUCAUCGUGAAAUACGUUCGGACCGCCAAGCCUCCGCUCAUGGAACCUGACGACAUUGAUAUGUACGCGCUUGCGCUGGCUAACUCAAGUCUAUGGGACGCGUGGCAGUUUCAACGCACUUUUCCUGAUUCCUCUGACACGCGUACGCGUCUACUCAAUAAGCUCCUAGAGUGGUGUCUUUCGCCCAAGCCACGCUCUGGACCGUUGGCACAGCUCGUAGCAUUCCCUCUAUCCCCUCCGGAACAGUCUCUGCUCCAUGCAUAUGCUCUUAAGCCACCGCAUGACAUUCCAGCUGCUUCUAUUGCCAUUGUGCAAGACCUUGUCUGCGUCCGACUUGUCCAAAGUGGAGAAUAUUUGGCAGCCAUCCAACUAGAUCGCCAGUUUUCUACCGUAGGGUCUGCUGGUGCAGAGGGCGUGAAAGCCGGGCGAGAGAGAAAGAAGAUAAUGGAUGACAUCUUGGGGAAUAUGACAUUUGUGGAAAGAACAAUGGUGGAGGGUUUGCUUAACCAACCAAGUACGUUACCUCCUGCCCCGACCCCUCAGGCAGCGAAAACCGCGCCUCCGAAACCUAGAGCCCCUCUAGGUGAUCUCAGCAUGUCAUGGGAGGAGAUUCCAUCCGCAAGUUCUUUGAAUGAGGCUUCCCCUAGUAGACCGAAUAGUCUUACACCCCGAAUCCCUGACAAGCAUACCAGUUUCUCUAGUUCUGGUCGGUUUGAGCUAAAACCAUCAUUCGCUGGGUCCAUUCCAGGGAGUUUCCUCUCCUCGCCACCCCAAAAGUCACCCGCUGUAUCACCAUUUGGUCAGCUUCCAUUGCGCAAACCUGUUGCUGCGCCGCCUGUACCCCUCGUGGGCCAAUCUGGAAUCAAAUUCGCGCAUAGCACUGCCUUAUCAAAGACUACCUACGCAUCCAACGCGCCAACUACAUCACUGUUUGAGAAAACUGGCAGUGCCAAACAGGCACCGAAUGCAUUCUACAAACCUCCGCCAGUAUCGACUGGAACGAGCCGUGCACUUCCCACAGAGGACGUGCCCACACGGCCUCAUUCUCACAGGGCAGACGACAUCAGCAUGGAAUCUGAUGACGAUAAUGCCUUCAUCAUCCAUGAAGAUGGCGACGUCAGUAGCAUGCCGGAUGACAUGGAUGAUGAGCCUGAGCUCGGCUUCUCCGUGUUUGGCAACAAGAGCUCACCUGAACAACGCACUCGUGCACCCGCGUCUAAGCAGGUGGAAACCAAGAAACGUGCACCUCCAGGCGCAUUUUAUGAUGAGGACGAGGACGAAAGUGAUGCUGGUUCCCCUCUCAAAAGCGCUGUUCCGCGACAUCGCGGUGCCCGUCGGCCUCAGCCUCGCGCGCGUUCACCUAGUCCUCGACGCAAACCCGUUAGUUCCUGGAAAGAUAAUACAAAUAAUCCUGUUCUCGCACAGACCAUACCUGGCUCUUUACUUGAUGAUGAAGAAGACCGGGACGAAGAUGAUAUCACUCCCCUGCCGCCGUCACGUACGGCUCGUAAAACCCGAACGGGCACCUCAAUCAAAGUCAAACCUGUGAAGGACGAAAAGACGCCUGCGCGCCGAUCAUCUAGGUUGUCAACGGCUUCAUCAGUGCUUUCCGUGUCGCCAGAACCGUCACCGCCUUCUGUGGAGGCGGCCAAACCUAGGAAAAGCACACGAAAUUCGACAACGGGUACUGGCGCGGCCAAUGCUACACGGAGUAGCUCAAGAAGAAAGGCCGUCAAGAGUUGAGAUUGCUGUCGUGUUUUUGAGUGCAGUCGACUUCAAACUUUUAGUAU